AUGUUCAAUCUCGGGGGAUUCGACCCCGAGGCUUCGCGCAAGCUCCUCGACCUCUUCAGGACGGAAGAUGAGAACUCAAUCGAUUUAGCCACCUAUUAUUCGGGCCUGCCCCGUAACAUCAAAUUCUAUGACCUGAUACGCUGGGUCACCGACCCCGUCACAGGCGAUACCGGAGUCCACAUCGCUGCCGCGGCUGGAAACGUCAAGGUCCUGGAUGCCAUCACAAAAAGUUUCGGGAGAGACUGGCUCCCCAACGUCUAG